AUGCAGUUGAAAAGUUUGAGUUCGGUGCUGACAGUGCUGGGACUAUCAGUGUCUCUUGCAGCCGCUGACAGUAGUAAUAGUAGCCUGCCCGCUAUUGAAAUCGAGGGCAAUGCGUUUUUCAAUUCCAAGACUGGCGAAAGAUUCUACAUUCGUGGUGUGGACUACCAACCAGGCGGUUCGUCAAAUCUCACAGAUCCAUUGGGAAGCGUGGACAUAUGUAAAAGAGAUGUGCCCAAAUUCCAAGAAUUGGGACUGAACGCCGUACGAGUCUACACAGUGGACAACACCCAAGAUCACACCGAGUGCAUGCAAAUGUUGGCAGACGCGGGAAUCUACGUGAUUCUGGACGUCAACACCCCAGAUAGCUCGAUUUCCAGAUCUGAUCCCGGCUGCUCUUACAACGCAGACUAUUUACAAACCAUAUUCGCUACGGUAGACGCCUUUGCGAAUUAUACCAAUGUGCUGGGGUUUUUCGCCGGAAACGAAGUUAUCAACGAUGAAACCAACACAGACACGGCCACCUACGUGAAAGCAGUGGUUAGAGACAUGAAGAAAUACAUGCGUGCCAGAAAAUACCGUCAGAUUCCUGUAGGUUACUCUGCAGCCGAUGUCACCGAAAACGUUCUGCUGGCGGCUCACUAUUUUAACUGCGGUGACGACGAUGACGCUCGUAUCGAUAUGUUCGGGGUAAAUGACUACUCAUGGUGCGGUCAGUCUUCAUUCCAACUUUCGGGCUAUGCUACCAAAAUGAAGUCCUACAAAGAUUAUCCGGUUCCUCUUUUCCUCAGUGAAUUUGGGUGUACCAAAGUUACCCCAAGACCCUUCACGGAAAUCGGUGCAAUCUACUCGACCCAAAUGUCAUCCGUAUUUUCCGGAGGACUCGUCUACGAAUACUCGAUGGAAGCAAACAAUUACGGUUUGGUGCAAAUCGAUGGUGACGACUCAGUAACCACACUCCAAGAUUUCGAUAAUCUGAAAAAAGAAUUCGAAAACACUCCUAAUCCAUCAGGAGAUGGAAAUUACUCCAAAAACAACAACGCAUCUACAUGUCCUUCGUUCGAGUCAGGCACAUGGGAAGCUAACAAUACAUUACCCCCAAUGCCAAGUGCUGCAUCCGUUUUUUUUUCAAAAGGCGCAGGCGAACCAAUGGGCACAAAAUAUCCAACGCAAUUUAGAUGCGGCGACGCAAACAUAAGCAACUACUUCACAGCAGACGCCACUCCGAGCAGUUCGAGCGUAUCCAAAUCCCAGUCCAAGUCGCAGUCUUCUUCGUCCUCGUCAGCACAGGACUCCUCAACGUCCAGCGUGGCUUCGCAAUCUUCGUCUGCUACUAGUUCGGCCAAAAGCUCAUCCAAAUCGAAGGGUGAUGCAGUUGCCGCCCUUCAAGUGCCAACAGUUUUCCGGGCCUUGUUGCACGUUUGGAACUACAUCUUGUAG